AUGAAGGACGCACUGGUUCUCGUUGAGCGGUUCAACGCCCAUCCAGACUCUCGUUGCUGGCAUGUUGCCUGGAACCCCACGGCCACUCUGAUGGCCUCCUGUGGAGGCGACAGGGCCAUCAGGAUAUGGGGGAAGGAAGGCGACUCCUGGAAGUGCUUGAGUGUGCUUCAGGAUGGGCACCAGCGCACCGUGAGGAGGGUCGCCUGGUCUCCAUGCGGGACCUAUCUCGCCUCGGCCAGCUUCGAUGCAACCACAUGCAUUUGGAAGAAGAAGAAUGAUGAUUUUGAGUGUUUGACGACUUUAGAAGGGCAUGAAAAUGAAGUCAAGUGUGUGACAUGGGCACCUUCAGGAAAUCUACUGGCCACAUGUAGCCGAGACAAGAGUGUCUGGGUUUGGGAAGUUGACGAGGAGGACGAGUAUGAGUGUGUGACUGUGAUAAACUCGCACACACAAGAUGUCAAACUCGUGGUCUGGCACCCGACACUUGAGCUUCUGGCUUCAGCCAGCUACGACAACAACAUAUGUGUGUACAAGGAAGAGGACGAUGACUGGGAGUGCAAGGCUACCUUGGAGGGACACACGUCCACCGUCUGGAGUUUGACCUUUGACCCAAGCGGACAGAGGAUGGCGUCAUGUAGCGACGACCGGACCGUGAAGAUCUGGAAGUGUCAGAACAUAGAGGGACCGGGAGACAUGACUUGGAAGUGUGUGUGCACUCUGUCAGGCUUCCAUGAGCGGUCAGUGUACGAUAUUGCUUGGUGUCGUUUAACCGGUGCUCUGGUGACAGCCUGCGGUGAUGACGGAGUCCGUGUGUUUAAAGAGGACUCGACCGCGGACCCCGAACAGCCUGUGUUCUCCCUGGCGGCUCACGUCAGCAAAGCCCACAGCCAGGACGUGAACUGCGUGGCGUGGAACCCCAAGGAGGCCGGCGUCCUGGCGACCUGUAGCGACAACGGAGAGAUAGCAAUCUGGAAGUACCAGGAUCACCACGAAUAGAGGACUGCUUCUGUGGUAGCCUGUCUGCCCUAGUGUCAGACAGACUGCUUCUGUGGUAGCCUGUCUUCCCUAGUGUCAGACAGACUGCUUCUGUGGCAGCCUGUCUGCCCUAGUGUCAGACAGACUGCUUCUGUGGCAGCCUGUCUGCCCUAGUGUCAGACAUACUGCUUCUGUGGCAGUACGUCUAGCCCUAGUGUUAGUUUCUCAUACAGUAAAUAUGAUCAGUGUUGUAGCACCAGAUUGGUUGUUACCUACAUUAACUUGCCAACUUUAAGUGUUGAGAUGCCUCUUAUAGCUUGUGAUUGCACUUUUCUGUAAGCAAAUGUUUUUUAUAAAAUUAACGCACAUUAUACCAAUAAUAAAACUGAACAGAUUGA